AUGCCUCCCUCCAGAACACCAGACGGAAUGAACGUCACGAUCAAGCACGCGGGCAAGUCGUAUCCCGUCGACGUCGACGUCGCCGCGCCAGCGACCGCCUUCAAGCAGUCGAUCUACCAGCUCACCGGCGUCCCGACUGACCGCAUGAAAGUCAUGAUCAAGGGUAUCCUCAAGGACGACGCCGACAUGUCCAAGCUCGGCCUCAAGCCUGGCCAGGUCAUUACCGUCGUCGGCACUGCCGGCCCACUGCCUGAGGCGCCGCAGCAGACUGUCGUCUUCAUUGAGGACAUGGACGACUCAGAUCUCGCCCUUAUGACCCGCUCCCCACCAGGCCUCGUCAACCUCGGCAACACUUGCUACCUUAAUUCGACCCUCCAGGCUCUGCGCGCGGUGCCGCAGCUUCAGACUGCGCUAGAAAACUUCUCAAGCAGCAGCGGACCAGAGAGCCGGCUUACGAUGUCGGUCAAGAACCUGUACUCGGGCAUGGCGCAGACAACCGAGCCGGUCACUCCUUUCGCUUUGAUCUCCAAUCUCCGCACCCUGGCGCCUCAAUUUGCCGAGCAGGACCAGCGGGGUGGCUUUGCUCAGCAGGACGCGGACGAGGCGUGGACGCAGGUGGUGUCGGCGCUCCGCUCAUCGCUCCCCGGCCAGAACGCACAGGGGUCGUUCGUCGACGACUGGAUGUCGAUUGAGCUCACGAAGACGCUUUCGACACCAGAGGCGCCGGACGAGGCCCCAUCGACGUCCACAGAGAAGGCACUCAAGCUGUCGUGCAACAUCUCGAUCAACACCAACUUCUUGAUGUCCGGUAUCAUGGACAGCCUUGAUGAGCAGAUCGAGAAGAACAGUACGUCUUUGGGCCGCUCGGUUAUGUACAACCAGAAGACGCGCAUCUCGAGACUCCCUGGCUACCUCGUCGUGCACCUCGUGCGCUUCUACUGGCGCCGCGACAUCCAAAAGAAGGCGAAGAUCAUGCGCAAGGUCAAGUUCCCGCUCCAGCUGGACGCUCUCGACAUCGCCACGGACGAGCUUCGGGAAAAGCUCGGCCCCGUCAACGCAGAAGUGAAGCAGGUGCUCAAUGAGCGGGAUGACCGAGCCAAGGUUGCCAAGCGCGCAAAGGCCAAGAACGCCCCCGCCGACGAGAAGACAGAGGAUCAGCACCGCGAGGAGGAGCACAAAAAGGUCGCCGAGCUCAUCGAGAAGGCUGGAGUUGCACCGGGCACGAGUUCGUCGGGCAUGUACGAGCUGUGUGCCAUGGUUACGCACAAGGGUGCGUCGGCCGACUCGGGACACUACAUCGGCUGGGCGCGCAAGGAGGGCGGGUUCGUGCCGUCUGGCGAAGAGGAGUGGUACAAGUUCGACGACGACAAGGUUUCGGAAGUGACGGCGGACAAGAUCACGUCAAUGGACGGUGGCGGCGAGGAUUCGGUCGCAUACAUCCUCCUCUACCGCUCUGUCGACAUCUAG